UUCUUGGGGCUGGUGUGGUAGGAUUCUGCCUUGCUCCCAGGCAGCUGAGUACAGGCAGAAGUCUGAUGAUCUCUUUCUUGUCCUUUUCUUGUUUACAGAUCAGAAGCAACAGAAUUAGAACGAGGACGCUCAUAGCUUUUUGCUUUUAUGUCUACCAAUUUGACAUCGUACAUGGCUACUGAUGGCAAUGUUCUUCAGGUUCCCUUGCGUCAGAAGCAGAGAAGGAAAACUCAAGGGUUUUUCACCAUGAGUCGGAGGAGGAUAUCGUGUAAAGACCUGGGGCAUGCUGACUGCCAGGGGUGGCUGUAUAAGAAAAAGGAGAAAGGAACUUUCCUAGGCAACAAAUGGAAAAAGUUCUGGGUGGUGCUGAAGGGAUCGUCGCUGUACUGGUACAACCAUCAGUUGGCAGAGAAAGCUGAUGGAUUUGUCAACCUCCCUGAUUUCACUGUAGAGAAAGCAUCUGAAUGCAAGAAAAAGCAUGCUUUCAAGAUCAGCCAUCCACAGAUCAAGACCUUUUAUUUCGCAGCUGAGAAUGUACAGGAAAUGAAUCUGUGGUUAAACAAGUUUGGAUUAGCUGUAAUCCAUCAUGAGUCCACUACAAAGGAUGAAGAAUGCUACAGCGAGAGUGAACAGGAAGAUCCUGAAAUAGCCGCGGAGACACCGUCGCCUCCUCGCCGGGUGGAGACUCCAUCUCCUUUGGCUGCACAGCGGGCAUCUUCAUCUUCGCCCAAAUCGAGUGAAGCAGCCCGUUCUUCCUCUUCCGUGGAGAACACAAGAAAGACACCCAGAAGUCUGUCUUCCUCCUUGUCUAGAGGAAGACAGUCCUGGAUCGACAUGGUUAACAGUUCGUCCGCUGCUGGUGGUGAGGGACAGUCUGUGACGUGUGCUGUGCAGGUCCACUCCCCUGCGCCUUCAGAGGCAAACAGCCGCUGGGCCCUGGAAGACAGCCUGGCCACAUCAGAAAGUGGAUUUUUGAACUCUAUAUCCAGUGAUGACACUUCUUCAUUGAGUAGCAACCUAGACCCUCUCACUGUCCCAGACAAGCCGCCGGGAUCAAAGAUGACGGACAGAGAAGAGACAAAAGUGUCUGAAGAUGAUGAAAUGGAGAAGCUCUACAAAUCAUUAGAGCAAGCUAGCCUGUCUCCUCUUGGGGACCGACGGCCUUCAACCAAAAAGGAGUUGAGAAAAUCCUUUGUUAAGCGGUGCAAAAAUCCAUCCAUAAAUGAGAAACUCCACAAAAUCCGAACUUUGAAUAGCACAUUAAAGUGUAAAGAACAUGACCUGGCCAUGAUUAACCAGUUGCUGGAUGAUCCGAAGCUGACAGCCAGAAAAUACAGGGAGUGGAAGGUCGUGAACACACUGCUGAUCCAGGAUAUCUACCAGCAGCAGCGGGCCCCCGCGCCUGCCUCCGAAGGCUCCCCCCUGGGACCUGAGAAACCGCUUCCCUCUGCCUGCGUUGAAAAUUCUAUUUGAGACUAAGACGGGCUUCUCUCCCCUUCAGUUAUCUCACCCCAAGCACCUCUUCAAGAUACGCUGCAAGAGCUUAACGUUUUUCCUUAAAAAGGAAAACCGAAACCCAGCUCCUCCUGUAGAGAUGUGAUUGGGGUGAGAAUAAACACCGUGGCGGCGGUGCCCGGUCCGGGGCUUCCAUUCAGACCCGAGUGGUGGAGUCCAGCUGAACAAACAGUUUGUGUUCCUUUGGGGAGCUCUCAACUAUGCUAGGUUCCAGGUGGGGUAUGAGAACUGUAUCCCCUGUUUCGUGCUCUCAAGAGAAUUACAACAUUCUACGGACAAAAGAUCACUCUGUCCCAGAGAUACUUAUUCAACGAAAUACUUUUGUUUUCCAAAGGAAGAAGGUACAUAUUCCUUCUGGUUGAGUAGCUGAGUUCCCCAAAUCUUUUUUUUGUUUGUUGUUUUGAGUGGAAGAAUGCUUUCUAUAGCAGCACCUGGAGCAGGACAGAUGUGGUAUUGUGGAACCAAAAUCCCUUGCCUUUGGUCCAGAAUGGUGGUGCCUUUUCCACAUGUUGAGAAAUACUUCACAGCAAGUGGUGUGUUGGGAGCACCCAUGGAGGAGGCAUGUUCUCUAUUCCACUCACUGAAAGGACAGCUUAAUAUUUUCACGGUUUAUCCAGGUUGGGAUGGGGGAUCUGAUUAAUGUUUCCUUUCUGCAGAACAGCUGAACGAAACAGCUCUCAUUACACUUGGAGACCUCUCCUCCCUCCUUGCUUUUCUAAACCACAGAGACAGACGUCCAGCGAAGAAUGUUUACUGCCUUUGUCCUUUGGUGUGGUACCUAUGCACGGUCUAAAUGUAUAGCCAGGUCCCCCAGGAUCAGCAUUGACAAGAUGAUUCUGGCAUUUGAAUUGUUUUAGUAUCUUUACCCCCCCAAAAACCCAACAAAAACAACAAAAGAGUUAAAUACGAUUGUUUUAUUUUUGUACGUUUAUGUGUCACUUUGUGUCCUAUGUGAAUAGCUAUGUAUAACAUUUGUUAUUUAAGGAUAUUUAUAGAAGCUUAAAUGACUAGUGUUUAAAAGAUGAUAUACUAUUAUAUGUUUUGUUCAGUAUAUAUUUCUAAGUAUACACUUUGUGCUUGAGAAAAAUAGGAAAACUACUUAUUCAUUGGAGUUACUAUGUUGCACUAUAAUGUAUGAGGAAUGCUCAGGAAAUCUUGUGGGAUAAGUGUGGGGCAUGCGUUAAUAAUCUUUACUUUCUGGCUUUUCCCUCUGCUUUCUCUCUUUCUCUCUCUCUCUCUCUCU